UGUUUGCUUUUCCAAAUGGUUGAAAAUUAUUUUCCUUAUUGAUUAUUGUUUUUAAUUGUUAUUCAUUUUCUCAGAUUAAAUCAACACUUUUCCAUCACAAUUAUCAUCUUUCUACCUGUGAGAGUGAUUCAACUGCAUGGUUAUGGUUAUACUUGAUUCAGCUGAGAGGUGAUUUCAAGUUGAUUAGGGUUACCUCUCAGCAGAUCAAUGUUAUUAUUGAUUUACACAUUUACUAUUAACCAUUUGGAGUUUAGAUUUUAUUUAUUAUAAUUAAUUGUAAUCUUCCCUUUGUAACAAUUAUCUGGUCAUCAUUUGUAAUCUCUCCAGCUCUUCUCAUCUUUACAAUAUUAUCAUAAUUAUAUAUUUACUCAGGUUUUCCAUCAAUUGCAGCUUUGUUGUUGUUUUCAAUGUUUUUCCAUUAAUUCAUCUCACUGAUUAUUCCUGGUUUACAUUUUGAUUACUUGGAAUUACUUAUCCAUUAAAGCCUCAUUUCUGGUUAAUUGUUUCAAUCAAAUUGGUUUUUUCUUUCUUUCUCUCUCUCUCUCUCUCUCUCUCUCUCUCUCUCUCUCUCUCUCUCUCUCUCUCUGUUGUCGAUCACGUUACACCCAUCAGAUUGUCAAGAUAAUCUCUGGUUCUCUCACGUCAAUCAAUUUAAUUCCAUCGGUUUGCAUUGGAUGAUACAAUAGAAAAUCAAAGGAUGAAGAUUAACGAGAAAACUUUAAUUCGUUAUAGUACAAGUAAUAUGGUUCCGGCCGAUGUUGAGGGCUAUCUUUAUAAAAGAGGUGAAGUGAAUCGUAACUUCCAGAAAAGAUGGUGCAUAUUAAAGGGAAAUUGUUUAUUCUAUUUUGAGAAAAAGAACGAUAAAGAACCUCUUGGAUGUAUUCUACUUGAAGGAUCUCGAAUAGAUAUUGAUGACAGUGAGGCUGAUUUGUUUGCCUUUAAAUUGGUUUUCGCUGAUUGUCGUGAUUACAUUUUUGCCACCGAUAAUUCUGAUAGCCAAGAGAAAUGGAUGAAAUGUUUAUCUCAGGCUUCCUAUUCCUAUCUUAAAAUGGUUGUCGCUGAAUUACAGAGGCAACUUGAUGAGAUUAAUUUAGCUGAGAGAAGACGAAUUAAUGAAACUCGAGAGGAAGGAUCAAAUAACGAUCGACCUCAACGGUCCAAUCCGUUCAAUUCAUCACGCGAAGAUCUAAUUGAUUUAGAGGAAACCAAUACCAACAAUCAAGGGAAAUCAUUAUUAUUCUCAAGGAGACCCUUCAUUGAGAUUCAUCAAUAUUAUGGUUUACAAUUUAGAGGAUAUUUCCAGUCAAUCAAAGAAAAAGUGAUCAAUGAAUCAGAACAAUUUAAUAGUAACAAGUCGACACCAAGAUGUGAGGUGGAUCUCCUUUCAUAGGAAUUUUCAAUCAAAUUCUAUCAAUUCAAAUGACCAA